CAACACAAAAAUCCUUUACGACGAUUAAGCUUCUUUAAAAAGGGGCCUCCUCCUAAGCUUGAAAUGGGCCUGCCAAAGAAGAAAACAUCAAAAACAAAACCCUUGGACAAUUUCAAUCUUUUGCCCUGCUAUUUCCUUCUACUUCUCCCCUGUUUUCUUCUUCUGCUUUCACCGCAAUAACCAAAAGCUCGCACAAACUCUCAGUGUGCUAGUGUUGUUUCACAAUGGGCAAAAAGCAGAAGCAGAAGGUAACUCUACCACCGCUACUCCCACCUGAAGUACCCGAAGAAGAAAUUGAAGUUUCGGAUGAAGAUGUCAAUUUUGUUACUAAAAAUCGUGCUUAUGCUGGUUUUGUUUCUCGUUUGGAUACUCAAUCUAUCACCAAGCAUGUGAGUCGUGUUGCGAAUACAAAGGAAGAUGAUUUGGAAGCAUUGUAUGAGAAACGACUGCGAAAGAAAACACUUGAGAACGAGGAAAAGAAGGGUAUAGAGGUUGAUCGUGUUGACGCGCUUCCAGUUAAGACCUUGGACGGAAAGCUUUAUUAUAAGACAGUCCCAAAAGAAGCAAAAAAAUCUGAAGAUUCUGACAAAGAAAAUGAGAAUGAAGGAGAUAAAGGUGUCUUUAAAUUAAACAAAGCAGAAAGGAGAGCAAAGUUGAAGAAAAAGAAGAAAGACGAAAAGAAGCAGGGAAAAGAACUUGAUCAGAGUGAGGAAGAUGUACCUCAGAACCCUCAAUCUGAUGUUUUGGUUGAGGUGAAAGAAGAUCUUACUGCUGCAGAAGUUGCUGAAGCUAAGCAACUUAAAAUUGCAGAGUUGGGUACUGCCUUGCUUGCAGAUCCUGAGUCAAAUAUAAAGUUUCUGAAAGAGUUGCUAAGCUUAUGUAAAGAUGGUGAUAAAUCUAUUGAAAAGGCAGCAUUGUUAUCUUCCUUAGUUGUCUUCAGAGAUAUAAUUCCUGGUUACCGCAUCAGGCUUCCUACCGAGAAGGAGCAAGAAAUGAAUGUUUCUAAGGGUGUAAAGAAGACGCGAUAUUUUGAAGCAACACUUUUGUCAUCAUACAAGGCUUACCUGCAGAGGCUAAUUACGUUACAACGCCUCCCUGAGUUCAACCGUGUAGUUGUUCGCUGUUUCUGCACUUUGCUUGAUGCCCACCCACAUUUCAACUUUAGCGAUAACUUAAUAUCAGCUGUUGUAAGGAAUCUGUCUUCUGGGGAUGAUGUUGUGAGGAAACAUUGCUCUACUACAAUUCAGUCUCUUUUCAAAAAUGAGGCGAAGCAUGGUGGAGAGGCAACUGUUGAGGCUGUACAACUGAUUGCGAAUCUCGUUAAAAUUUAUGAUUGUCAACUGCACCCUGACUCUAUUGACGUAUUCUUGGCUUUGUCAUUCGAUGAAGAUCUUGCGAGAAAGACAGCUGAUGAUGAUAAGGCUAAACGUAAGAAAAAUAAGAGGGGAAAGAAUUCUGAUGAGCAAAGUCGACGUGCAGUCAGUGAUAAUAAGAGAAGUAAGCAGGAACUGGUAUCAAAGACGAGAGAAGAGGUAAAUGCUGAUUUCAAGGCUGCUUCACUUGCCUUAGAUGAAACAGAACAAAGGAGGAUGCAAGCUCGGACAUUAUCUGCCGUGUUUAAUACAUAUUUCCGUGUUUUGAAGCACACGAUACAGCUAGAUACUAUACGGUCCAAGAUAAAUGCUACUUCGUCAGUCGUUCCACGUGGAGCUCAUCCACUACUCAGUUCAUGCUUGAAAGGAGUGGGGAUGUUUGCGCACCUGAUCGAUCUAGAUUUCAUGGCUGAUCUACUUAAGCACCUUAAAAUUCUUGCUUCUGGCACCAAUUCUGGACAUUCUGAAAGUCCUUUGACAGUGUCUGAACGAUUGGAAUGCUGCAUCGUUGCCUUCAAAGUGAUGAGAAAGAAUCUUGAUGCCUUGAAUGUUGAUUUACAGGAUUUCUUUAUCCAGCUUUACAAUCUCAUUCUUGAGUAUAGACCAGGAAGGGAUCAAGGUCAAAUUUUGGCGGAAGCCCUGAAGAUAAUGUUAUGUGAUGAUAGGCAACAUGAUAUGCAAAGAGCUGGCGCUUUCAUAAAACGUUUGGCAUCUUCCACCUUAUGUUUUGGAUCUGCAGAAUCCAUGGCCGCUCUUGUCACUGUCAAAAAUCUUCUGCAGAAGAAUGUCAAGUGCCGAUAUAUGUUAGAAAAUGAUGUAGGAGGUGUAUCAGGAUCAAUUGUGAAAUAUCAUCCGUAUUCUUCUGAUCCUCACCUGAGUGGUGCACUGGCAUCCGUCCUGUGGGAACUGAAUCUGUUGUCAAAACAUUAUCAUCCUACUAUUUCAACCAUGGCUUCAACCAUUUCCAAGAUGACCACUGCUUCUAAUCAAGUUUAUAUGGCAACGGUUCCUCCUCAGCAAGCUUAUAAUGAGCUGCUCUUGGAGAAAGAACAAUUUAACAUAAAGAGUGACAUGAAGUUGCAUAAUAAACGAAAAAGAGGGGACCAUGUUUUGUCUGGAGAAGAUGAGUCUUCUUCGUUGGAAGUUGAUGAAGAUGGCUUCUUGAAGAAACUUUCGCAUCAUUUUACUGCUGUCCAUGAUAUUGCAGAGAAUGAGAAACUCAGAAGGGAGUUGGAUCUUGCAACACUCUCCCUUCAGUUGCAUGACGAGUAUAAAAAGCGUCUAAAAGUAAAGAAGGAAGGAUCAAAGCUAAAGAAGAGGAAACAUUUGUAGGAAACAUUUUGUGUUAUUUUGUUCUUUUUUAGAUAUUUCUGUUGAAGCAGAUGAUCUCUGUUGAUGUAUUAUCACAUUCAAAGAAUUUUGGCUUCCAUAUAGAGAUGGCAAUGGGUCCUGGACCCGAUCCGACACAUUUAUAAGGGUGUGAGUCCAGAAAUUUUAGACCCAAUGGGUCCAAGUCGGGUCUGGGUUUAGAAGAGCAUGGGCCGGGUUUGGGUUCGGAUCCACAUAUGCUAGACCAGACUCGCCGCGCAGACCCAUCUACGUAUUAGAAUUUUUUUUUUUAACCUAAACGCUAUGGUUUUAUGAGUUGUGAUUUUGUGAACUCGUUAGUGUUGUAACUCAAUUUAAGACUUGUAAGUUGUAAUAUUUUAAUAUUUAUGAGUUAAUUCUUAAAAUUUUGUUUAAAGAA